AUGAAUAUUUCACAAACAAACAUUCCACAAACGACAUAUCCUGAUACAUAUGAGAAAAAAAGAAAAGAUAGCACCACUAAAAGGAAAUCGUAUGUUGAUGGAGACGAUAUCAAUUCUGAUCUUGAUGAUUCAGAUGAGGAUGAAGCAGCUGCUGAAGGAGAAUUUCAAAAUAUCAUUUUAUGUUUAUAUGAUAAG